AUGACAUCAGAUGGCUCAGGCGAUGGGCCUUCAAUUACAAGCCCAGGGCUAACCAGUACCAGUCGCGAGGUUGGCCCUUAUGUUCUCAGGACUUUAUUGGAUGAGGUGCCACUAUCUGCAGACGGCUCCAAAGAUGAUAUCAAGAUCAACUGCGUAGAUUAUCUGGAUGCGAAUCUGUACGUUGGCACAUCUGCCUCCGAGCUGCUUCACUUCGUACAAAUUCCACCGGACCCAAACGAUCGGUCGGGGCAACCCGUUUAUAUCCUCGCAUCUCGACUAUGUCCUCAAUAUGUCGAAACUUUAGGCACUCCGAACUCGCGACCCGGCGUUCAGCAAAUCCUCCUACUACCUCGUGUCGGCAAAGCGUGUAUCCUUUGCAAUUGGACCGUCACUUUCUAUUCGCUUCCCGAACUUAGCCCCGUUUUUGGAACAACUCUAGUCAAGAACUGUAGUUGGAUAGGUGGUAUUGAUUUGAAUGAGCCCUUGCUUGACGAUGGAAGUGCAGAGAGGGGUGGAGGUGUCACUAUUCUCCUCUCUCUUAUGCGAAAGAUUCAGGUUGUGCGUGUAGGCGAGGACGCGCGCGCUUUUAAGAAAAUCGACUUCUCUGGAAGCAUCCUCUCAGUCCGUAGGGACUCAAUCGCUUGUGUCGCGGACUCUAAGUCGUAUGCGCUUAUUGACGUGGAACAACAGCUCAAGAUCCCCUUGAUGAGCAUUUCAUCCUUGGAAGAAACAACCUCGCCCAGUGAAAUUGGACAUGCUCAAAGGAUUGGAGCGGACACAGCAAGUGGGCUGCUCCGAAGCUCCUCUUCUACCGGAAACCGCACGUCUAGCGAAGUCCCAAGCCAUAGUCGGAGCACGAGCUUGGGCGGCUCAAUAUUGGAUAGUAUCCGUCGACAAGAUCAUCGUAGUAACGAGGGUGAAGAUUUCCUUGGCCGCAACACCUCGCCGCAACCGUCGAUAAGCCCCAGGCCAUCAAUGGAGAGAGCUUUCAACACCAAAUCCUCCUUCACUCGAUAA